GUAAUGGUUGUCAAUAUCACCUGCCAGGUAGAUAGAUAGAUGAUGGAUCAUAUUGUGAUAAUAUACACACAUCAAUAUGUAACUUAAGUUCAUUCAGUAAGUCCACACUAGUAUUUAAAUUUUUUUGGAACAGAUCUAACGAAGAAGUGAAAUACCUUGGACAAACCCAACAAAGAUGGCAUUCUCACAGUCAGUAAAAAGGAGUCAAGUUCCUGUUAAUUGUAAAUUAUGUGAAACAGAGAGACCAAUUCAGUGGAAAUGUAUAGACUGCAGUAUUCUGAUGUGUAGUCAUUGCAAGGACAAGGUUCAUUCCCAAUUUAAAAACGCCCAGGAUCAUAAGAUCGUCAGUAGAGAAGAGAUUGGACUGCAUAAGGAAGAGCUGGAUUUUACCAAUAUCAAAUGCCAUGAACAUGUUGGCCAAUCAUCAUGUCUUAGCUGUAACACAUGUGAAAUACUUGUGUGUCCAACCUGUAUUGCUAAACUUCAUAAAAAGCAUGAUUUAAUUGAAAUAAGGGAUGAAUACAAAAUGAAAGUUGAGAAACUGAAAAAAGGACAAAGUAAAAUGCAGACCAGUAAUUCUACCAUGAAUGCAAAGAUUGGUGAGCUUAAUAAACUCGUGUCAGCAGAAAAUUUAAAGUAUUCCAAUGCAAGACAAGAUAUUAUUAAUCAUGAAAAAACUGUAAAAGAGCAAGUAGAAAAAUAUUUUAAGGAACUCAUAAAUAAAUUGGAUCAAAGUCAUCAAACUGUUUUAACAUCAGUAAAAUCAGAUCUGAACGCUUUAUCAUUAUCUACAAAGCAGACAGAAGACAAAAUCAAUGAAGUCCAGGAUUUUAUUGGGAUUUCCAAUGCUACUGAUUUCUUCAAAGACGUUAACAUGAUGCAGAAAUCUACCAAAAUCAAAGGACCACUAACCAAACCAAGCUAUAGUUCAUCACCAAAAUUUGUUCCAGGGAAUAUUACCCAAUCUCACAUUGGAUCAUUACAAGAUGAUGGAAACUUGUCCACAGAAACAAACCUCUCCCUAGUCAUCAAUAGUGCUUACCAGACUGAACUUGAUGCCAUUAGAUUUGUAAGUCCUUGCCUUGACCAAACCCUUUGGUUAAGUUCCGGAACUAAUGGGAUGAUACUAAGAGUAAAACCUGAAGGUACUAAAUUGAAGGUGAUGUCUAAAUUCAAAAUUGAAGUAUGUGGAAUGGCAGUUAUCACAUCUAGUCAACUCCUUCUGAGUGUUUCAGGGAAAACAAGUUUACAACAAAUCAACAGUACUGGUGAACUGACUGAUUCUGUUUAUGAUGUAACACCAUUCUUUCCCAGAGCCAUCCAUGUUGUUAGAGACAAUACAGUCAUAGUAGCAGCUUAUAAUUAUGAAUUAAAUAGAGGUGCUGUGAUGAUAAUGAAUACGAAAGGAGACAAAGAGGCCGUGUAUGUUAAUGAUAAACAUAAUCAACAUUUGCUUGAAUGUCCCAGAGAUAUAACAUGUACCAACAAUAGAAAUGUACAUGUAGUGGAUGAUAUUUCAGAUGAUCGCAGUGGUGAAGUAAUAGUCUUAGGACAAGGAGGACACAUAAUAAACAAGUAUACAGGUCAUUCAAUCAUCAAUAAGAAUACACCUUUCAAACCAGUUAACAUUGUGACAACACCAAGUGACAAAGUUGUUGUGAUAGAAUUAGAUGUUUCAAUUUUGCAUAUCCUCAAUGACAACGGUGAUUUCAUUUCAUAUUUCAACAUUAAGGAAAUAGGAAUGAAAUAUCGACAUUCUCUUGCCAUCAACACAACUGGACAUCUUUAUAUAGGAUGCACGAGGGCUGUAGGUAGUCAACCUAAAGGAUCAACACUAUAUGAAAUAAAAUAUGCAGGAUUCUAAAACAUUGAAAGCAUAUCUAAGACAGAAAUUUGUGUAAUAUAGUCAAAAUUUUCAUAUCAUCUGAAAACUGAAGAUUAAUAUCAAAGAAACUGAACAUAAUAUAUAUUAUCAAGGACUUAUGAGAAAACUAUAUUGUUUUGAACAAUUACAUUUAAAAAAUAUUUCGAAUAUGUACAUAUAACAUUUUCAAAGAUUUUAUAUUAAUAAUAAACUCAUCAUAGAUACCAGGACUAAAUUUUGUACGCUAGACGCGCGUGUCGUCUACAAAAGACUCAUCAGUGACGCUCGAAUCCAAAAAAGUUAAAAGGCCAAAUAAAGAACGCAGUUGAACAGCAUUGAGGAAAAACAUUCCUAAAGUUUUGCCAAAUCUAAAUAAGAUAAUUUCUAGAAAUUGUUGACUAUUGAUAAUUCAAAAAGUUUUAUAAUUUAUGGUUUCAACAUUUGUACCUACUAUGCAAUAGGAAUUUUUGUGGAAAUAUAACUUUCAACAACAUUUUGAAACCAAUUGCAAGUCUCAUAGAUAAAUAUUCAAUAAGUAAUAUCAGUAAAUCAAAUAAAUACCAUAGUUUAAAAUUUGUAUGCAUUAUGAUAAAAGAUCAAUUACAAUUUACACUGUUGUAAAAGUAUCCCUUUCACCUUGAA